UAGUUUUAACAUUAGUCCCAUCAGUGUUUUCUGACGUGUCCAUUAGGCCUGCAGUGUGAGGGAUCCAGCUGCAGUGCGCUUCCUUCAGGUACAAGGCCUCUAUUCAUUUGGUUGUGCGUGGUGUCCCUUAAAACAACUCACUAAGUCAUUUUAACGUUAGAGGAGUCAUGUCAUUCUAGGGUAACAUUCAAGUUUUGAAUGGGCUAAUAUCCAAAUGGACAGUGAAGGUGAAGCACAAUUUUCUUGACGUUUUUUUAAAGGUACAAUCAGAAAGAAGUGACCCUCCCCCGUUGCUUCUUUGCCACAUUUUUCAUACAUCUUACUGUACUGUCACUCAUCACAACUGCAUUUUCUCUUGUGAACAGGCUUUUAACGCUGUGGCGUCAAAUGUAGGUUCAAGAUCUCAAGCAUAUUUCGAGACUCAGUUGCAGCAAAGGCUUUUCCUGCAGCUGAGGCAACAUCUGGUCGAACUCUCCAUAUGAGUGUAAUUUCCUCAACGACAUACUCCUCAAAAACCUCAGCCUUCUGAUGCGAUGCUGCCUGGGGCCCUGUGCGUAAACCCUGAGAGAAGCUGCAGCCACCAGCCUCUCACUGGUCUGCGCGGCCACGCUCCACUGCGUUUACCGCCACAAGAUGUCGCCACCAGUGAGACCUUGAAUCGCUGCCAAGUCAUUUUUGCACAAAGACCCUACAAGUUAAAAAUAAGCGCGCCUUACUGGAUUAAUCAUUGAUGAAAGAUGGCAGCUCCUUCCAGUUUGUAUUCCUCUACAACGUUAGCGGGUGCUGAGUUACAGCCCCCUCCUGCUCUCGGUUUCAGGCUGGAAACAGCCUCCAGCAGACGUUUUUCCAGAUGUGAAGGGGGUGUGUUGCAUCCCCCCGCCACUAGAUGGCACUCAAGCGCAGAAACAAACACCGUGGGCUUUUAUUUUUGAGGUUUCUUUGGUUUUAAAUUGUCUCUGUGACACAUUUUUAUUUCCUUUAUGUAUGUUUGUAGCUUAUUUCAAUUUUACAAUUUUCAUGUAACAAUCAACAAAUAGAGAGAAUUAAAAACGAGAGAAUAUUAAACGAUAAGUUCAAGAAUUUGGAUAAAGUGAUAAACCAAGGAGAGCAUUUUAAAGUGAAUGAAUUAUUGUGCAUGUUAACAGAUGUCUGAAGCCAAAGACAAAUAACCUUAGAGUCCAGCGUCCCCACUGGACCAGCCCUAUAGCCUAAUCAGAAGGAGAGAGAGAGUGUGUGUGCGUGUGUAAGAGAUGGAGCGAGGGAGUAAGAGAGAGAGAGAGAGAGAGAGAGAGAGAGAGAGAGCGUUCUCACUACAGUCCUGGACUCACAGAUACGUUUUCUAGCCAUGAGUUGCCGUCCAUGUCCUUCUGGAUUUUCAACUUUCCGUGGCUGAGAUGUGGCCAAAUCUGAUCACGCUGAUGUGUUUUGUGCUCCUUCAUUUGCGGCACCUUGCAGCUGAUCUGUGCAACUGGACUGGAAGCGGCUUUGCAGCUGGUGUGGACUCCAGGAUUGUGCUCCAGGUGCGGCUGCGCUGUACAGAGGGCUCGGUGAGGUGGGUGUACCCGGGCCAGGCUCUCCGGGUGGUGCUAGAGCCCAACUUGUCCUCCGCCCCCCGCACCACCGUCUGCAUCAAACCGUCUCCCUCUCUCCGUGGGGCCAGCGUGUUUAUUGAACGGGCCGGAGAGCUGCAGCUGCUGGUGACGCACGACUGGCGGCCACAACAGGUGUUCUGUUUCCGGGCAUCUGGACCACGCCGGCCCGCUAUCUACCUCCAAGCCAGCCCCCAGACAGAUGGACACUGGAACAGACGCACCGUAGGCUUCAGAUAUGAGCUGGUGGGCAACAGGAGUGCUGCGGCCAACCUGGGCCACAGCCAUCUGCAGGAGUUUUCUCUACCCACAGCUUCUUGUCGGCCCUGCAGUGAUACAGAACUCCUUAUGGCCAUUUGCAGCAGUGAUUUUGUGGUUCGAGGACACAUUAAUAAUGUCUCCCAUGAUUCUGAACACCAGACAUCACUGGUGGAGGUGACAGCGGUGAGGGUGUACUGGCAGCGCAGUGGAGUGUUCGAGCGACAGGCGGGGCCGUCUCUGUCCAUCUCCUCUUGGCGGGGACACAUCCACACUCUCCUGCAGUGCCAUGUGAAGCCUGGGGACGGAGAGUUUCUUUUCACAGGGUCAGAACACUUUGGGGAAGCUUGGUUAGGGUGUGCCCCGCGAUACAAAGACUUCCUGUUUGUCUACCAGACUGCCCGGGCAGCACGUCAGAAUUCCUGUGACUUCCCUUUAGACUGAGAAAGUGUGUUGUUUUUGCACCACUGAGCACAGCAGUCUUUAUCCACAGGCAUUCUUAGCCCAAUACUGGCACUGUGGGAUUCCUGUAAUGUUGUAAUGUACUAUUAAGGUGGCAUCCAGCAUCACUAGCAGGGACAAAGCUACUGAAAUGCUGGUGAAAAACACAUUUGGAGGAGCGGAUGAGGGGCAAACAGCAGGGCCUCCUGCUCUGGGGCUCAGAGAGGGCCAUUCUUUGUCUCUUUCCCAUCAUCGCCCUUGGUCCUAGGAGACUAAGAAGGAGUUGGGUUGCUUCCCUCCUCAUCGACCGUUGUUCACUUUGCUGGCUCAGUGUGUGACAGCUGCCCUCUUAACUGAGAUGGGAAUGAUAGUUUUCUUUUUUCAGUUUUUAUGGUGCAAAAUUUUCUGAACCCUUACUUUUGGCUGGAUCCAAUAAACCGUGUUAUAUGCCGGUCUCUCCCUUAGAUCAUCAAGAAUACAUGUUUUAACUCCAGAUUCCUUGGAUGGCUUUUAUUAUCUCAUAUAUGUCUCCAAUUACCAGUAGAUUUAGUUUUAGAGAAUCUAGUCCUAUAGAUGAAACCAAUGAAGUGUUUAAAAGUGAGCUGAGUUCAUGAACAGUGCAUAAAAUCUAAAUUUCAUGAGGUCGUCUAGGUCACAAGAAUGCACGAGCCCCUCUGUGCCCUUUUUGAUAGGUGGCUCAGUGAAGGCUUAAAUGAAUUCACACCCCAGUUUCCUAUCAUAUACUGGUUUUUUUUAGAGAAUGGCAUUUAGAGGAUCAUGAAAGCUGAUUUUGGCCCAUUUCCUUUGGCAUUCCAGUUUUUCCCUUGUAAUCAGUUUCUUAUGAAAAUAAAAUUGCCCUGUCAUAUGAUGAAAUACAAAAUCUUUUUAGAUAGCUAAAGCUUUCAGUAGAUUGAUUCAGACUUUUCUUCUGGGUUGUGUGGCCCCUGUGUCAAGGCCCAAGAAGACGAAUGGACAAAUGUGAGGCCCCAAAGCCUGGGGAUCUUUCCCCUUGGCCUCCCCCAUAAGAGGGGAACAAUUAAUUGACUUUUAAAGCAACCGCUUUCUUAGCCUAUUCCACACUUCUCCUUGGCUGAGCAGGGCUCACAAAUUGGUGUGUUGAACUUUUUAUGAGAACUAAAUAGCUGCCAAUGAAAGUGUAAAUGAGUGUGUGGUGAAUGGGGCCCACACAAUGGGCCCGCAGUGACGAGGCCUCUGGCAGACAUAAUGACCAUUGUCACGGCUGCCGUCCUCUAGAAACCAUCAGGGCUCACGAAUCCAGGAAGCCAGAGGAGUGGCGAGCGCUCACUCCAGCCACAUUUUUCUCUUCUUGUGCAUUUCUGCUAUAGUCUGAUCAAAGUUCAUGUUUCUCUGUGCAUGUAUCACUCUCAGCUAAAGCGAUAAGCUGCAUACUGAGGUUUCCUCAGCCACGAAAACAUACUUCUGGACUUUUUAAAGAAAUCAAGGCCUUUAUUAAAAUGACAGUUUUGUUCCAUCUGUUUUUGAUCAAAUUUAAAAAGCCCUAAUACAAAAACAUUUCAGGGUGACCAGAGCUGACUAUUUAUGUACAGUUGUUUUAAAAAAAAUCCUAUUUGGUGAAUUUUACUUAAAACUUAAACCUUCCACAAACUGUUUUCAUCCUAUAGAAACCAAGUUUGGAGUCUCCACCCUCAGUAUUGUCCCGGGGGGCACCAUGUCAAAUGUCCAAGCAAAAUAUAACCUCUUCACAGGCUUUUGAGACCAGACAAUUCUCAUUUCUGGGAAUUCCAGCAGGCUCUCAAGGGGAUCGAGUCCAGGAGGUCUCAGCCUGGAGCUGCUGCAUGGUGCACCGGCAGGAGUCCACCCAGACUGGGGUGUAAUUGGUUUAUCCCACCGCCUGGCCUGCUUUCCCAUGUGGGCCACUGCUGUGGGGAGGCCCAGGGGUACAAUAUGGAAACAGCAUGAUACCCUGCAGUGUCGAACAGGCAUUCAUUGCUCUGGCUAUAGAGACCGGGGACAAGGAACCAGGAAGACAAAGCUACAGCAGAGAUGGCUCUUGGCUUUGAAAAGGUUGCCAUUUGGUCUCCUUUUGAUGGUGGCCAGCGUUUGUGGUUGAAAAUGUGAAGUAAUUCAAUUUUGGCUCAAGCAUUUUUGAAAUGUGUUGUUCAAAUUUCAAAAGGCAACGAGAAAGACAAUUUACUUCUCCAAAGUUGUACAUAUAAUUGUCAUCACUCAUGCACCUGGUUGACAAAUAGACUAAUGUCCAUGUGAUCUUGUAUUAAACAAAGAGUCUGGCAUUACAGUGACACAUCCUGAAUGAUGUAUUUUGUAGGAAUUCUGAAAAGGAGCAGGUGUGCACCAUCAAAUGUGAAAAAGAACCAUGACUUCUGUUUAUUUAACCUUUAUGUUUAAAAAAGGUCUCAUUUUACUGUUUGAAUAUGAUAAAACCAUCUCAUGAUUUAUAUAACUUAAGCUGAUGUGACA